GCACUGCCCAGCCCGCCCGCCCCGGACACCAGUAGCAGCGGCAGCGGUGCCGCAGUGGCGGCCCCACCUGACCUCACUGCUUUGUGCCUUAGCCCGGGGUUGGGGUUGGGGGAAAACCCCGGGUCGGGGGUGGGAUGGGGGAAGGGAGAUUUAUAUUUUUGAUAUCAGCGUUGACCAAAGGAGACCCCCCCGGCCUCUUCCGCCUCUUCCUGUGGUUUGUUGGCCCCCUCCUCUCGGCUCCGUGCUGCUCGUUGGUGAGGAGGGGUGUCAAUGUUGGGGCGCUCCCAGCCCUACCUCCGGCCCUUGCGACCACACCCAUUCUCACUGUGAAUCUCCCCGCUGGGGUCGGAGCGUCGGGCAGAGCUGGGGAGAGGGGAGGGGACUGAGCCUGCCGAGGGCCCUUCCCGCCUCAGCUCCAGCCCGCCCCGGGACUGAUAAUGUGAAGUUCCUCAUUUUGCACAAGUGGCACUAGCCCCAGGGCCAACCCUUCCCUCCCUCAGCACCGAGGCUGGGAGUUCUGGAGCCAGGGCACAGCCAGCCUUGGCCUACCUGGUCUCCCGCUCCUGCGGUGUCCCCUUCCCUUCCCUGGGGCCCCGGACCAUAUUUAUUGCAUGCGCCCCGGGUGGCCCCCCCAUCCCAAGCCCAGUCUGGGCUGGGCUGGAGUUCAGUCUCCUUAGCUCCCUCCUCAAGUUUGUAUAUUUCCUACCUUGUACACAGGCUCUUCCAGAGCCGCUUCCAUUUUCUAUACUCGAACCAAACAGCAAUAAAGCAGUAACCAAGGUCCCCAA